UGGUAUCAACUCCAUCUGCUGGAGCAGGCGGGGAGGACGCUGAUGUUGCUCUUCACCUCAUUCAGCCACUCCAGCAGAUCCUCUCGCGCAUCAAACGACAGAACAUGUGCAGCGCGUGUGGAGGUUUAAUGGCGUACAGAGUCGAAUGCAGGGCUUAAAGAGGGCGGAUUUAGGACUGUGCCACCUUCACAGAGCGGGUUUGUAGCAGGCUGGAGCGACUGUAAUGCACAAUGCCUCGGUGCGUUUUGGAGAAAGCUCUUACGAACGGAGGGAAAGUAGAAACCACCACAGCGUGAGAAACCAGGCUAGAGAAAUUUCCCGAACUUCACACUGUCGAGCUCAAAAAGCCUCAAGACGGACGGCGAAAAGGAGCAAAGAGGGAGACACCGGGGGGGCAUGAGGGCGCGGGACUUCAUGCCUAACAUGGAACGAGGCAAACCUGCCACAUACACGGGGGACAAAAAGGCAAAAAUGGCCGCUAAGACCAACAAGAAGUGGGUAAGACUGGCUACAGUUUUCGCGUACGUUCUGUCCGUGUCACUGGCUGCCAUAAUCCUGGCUGUUUACUACAGUCUGAUAUGGAAGCCAACGUCAGCAUCGCCGUCGUCUAGACGCCCAGAUAUUACAGCCACGGUCUCUACUACCUCUAUGAUCUCCAGCGCUAUCAAUAGCACGGAUGCCCUCUUAGAUAGCAGCAAUAGGACGAAUAAUUCAGCUGCAGAGCCAUUGGCAACCACAGAUGCUGGAGCAGGUUAUGCUGGGGGAGCAUACACUGGGGUGGACAGCAGUGGGAAAAGCUCCAGUGACCUCCCUGCAGGUUCAGCACCUAGUACAACUAAUACUGACCCCAGCAUUACUGUAGAGCCAAGCCUCGUGCCAGACGAGGACAAAGUAAGCGAGUCGCCUGAGAGGCAAGGGGUCACUGACUUUGUGCAGGGCAGGUAUGACAGCUCUGGGGACAACUCAGCAGCAGAGAACCAACCGGUGGAGCUGACCCGCACACAUAGGCCCCCCAGCUGGGAUCCUGCUUCCUCCAGUGAGAGCUCAUCAGAGUGGACCACCGGUCCGACCCCAUGGAGAGCCUUCUUGGAAAUGCCGGACGCAUCCCCCUUCACACGUGUCGAGCUGGAUUUGGCUGAGGGCUCUUCUCCACUGCAAGACGAGAUGGUUCCUAAGGACGCAGAGGAUUCCACAUUCACGUUUGCUCCAGGGCGCACGUGAUUACUCACACACAAGUAUAAUGACUUGUACGUGAAAGCUAAUGUGGGAGUUAGUGAGGAACUGCUUUGAUUUGACCACCUUUUUCUGUCAGGAUGUAAGCAGUGUCAGUCGUCCUGAUCUUGAAAAAGCUUGGUCAAAGCCAUAUGAGUUUUAUAUCCAGCAUCCUUCACUGAGAACUCUUAGACAAUCCACUCAGAGGAAAGACAGUCCUAAGACAGUAUGGGAAAAGACAGUCAUCGAGACUAUUGAAGGAAUAUGAGCCAUUGACUUCGGACAAGCUGGACAGAAACAUUUUCCGGUAGCGUGUAUGUGUUUCCAUAUGGGAUCAAAUUUUAAACAGGAACUAAGAUAGAAACACAUAGCGUAUGUAGUUUUGCUCAGGUGAAUAUCUCUGUAAGUUUUAAAAAAAAAAAAGCCUGUCAGAUAGACAAACAUACACUGUGCAGAAUAGUCUAUGUUGGACUUUUAGUAAAGUAGUUUUUUAAUAUAAUAAAAAAAUAUAUAAUUAAUGUGCAUUGCUAAAAAAAAACAUGAAAUAUAAACACAUUUUAUGUUUGCUGAUUGACAGACACAAUGCAAAACACGAAGGCUGCAGAUGAAGGCUAAUUCUAUGAUCGAGCGUUCUGAACAAAAUGAAUUCAAGCUUGUUUUAAUUUAAUAUGAAGAAUAAAGGGAAAUUCCACUGA